UUUUUACUCUCUUUGUGGUUUAUGAAGGAGGUCACUACGGAUACAACAAGGAGCAACACAGCCUGAACUACAGACCGAGAGCAUGUUUCUAAGGAUGAAGCCAGUCUCAUGGGAUAGCCAUGUUUUGUCUCCAUGACAGCUAGAUCACUCAGCCCUCUCUGCAGUGACCUCUGCACAGCAAAGGAUGCUGGGAAAUAAUGAGCACUUUUAUCCCAGUCAGGAUGACAAAGAUGGGGAGGAUGAGGAGGAGGAAGAGGAGCAGGGAAGAGAAAACAGAAAAGAAGAAGGUGAACGUGACAUGGAGAAUGGACGACUAGAGUAUCUGGAGGAAAAGGAGAUGACAGGAGGACGACAAUCCUGGGAAGGGAAAGGCGGUGAGGUGGUGAAACCAGCAGCCAUUGUGGUCGGUCGACAGAGAGUAGAUCGGCCGCUGAGGCCGGGCAAUCACGGCAACAGGGGGAUCCCUUACAUGCCCAAUAUAGCCCCGCUACAUCAUCAAGCUGCCAAUAAGCAGCAGUAUUUCAUGGCAGCAAAGAAACGAGCCUUCAUGGAGCGCAGCAUGACCACAGUGGCUCCACUGGAGGACACUUACUUGACCAUGAUGGUGUUCCGCAUUGGAAUCCCCGACAUCAAACAAACAAGAUGUCUCCAGUUUGAUCAGGACUGCACAGUGUGGAACGCUAAGCAGCAGAUCAUCUGCUCCCUCAGUGAGUCCCUAUGGGACGUCUACAACUAUGGCCUCUUCCAGCCAGCUGGAGAGGGACGGGACGCCAAGUUCCUGGAGGAGGAGAGACCCCUGAGAGACUACUCACAGUCCUUCGAGAAAGGGGUGCCGUACCUGGAGUUUAGGUACAAAACCAGAGUCUAUAAACAGACCAAUCUGGAUGAAAAGGCUCUCGCUAAACUCAGCACAAAGGCCAGUCUGAAGAAAUUUCUGGAUUACAUUCAGACCGGAGCAAUAGACAAAAUGGGAAAAGUCCUCGAUAAAGGUCUUGAUCCGAACUUUCACGACCCUGACACCGGAGAAACCCCCCUCACUGUGGCCAUGCAGUCUGGCCUGUCGGUGGAGGGCAUCAGGGUCCUGGUUCAGGGCGGCGCUCACUUGGACUUCAGAAGCAGAGACGGCAUGACGGCCCUGCACAAAGCUGUUAGGGCUCACAAUCACGCUGGGCUGCUGGCUCUCUUGUCCCUCGGAGCAUCUCCAGACUCCAAAGACCGCUGUGGCCUGACCCCGCUGUACCACACUGUGCUGACAGGGGGUGAAACUUCCUGCUGUGAGACCUUGCUCUAUUACAGGGCAAAGCUGGGCACAAGGGACGAGAACGGCUGGGACGAAUCCCAUCAGCACAGGGAUGAAGAGGAGUUUGGAAUGGAAGAAAUACAUAAGGCUUGCCAGAAUGGCUUUGCACAACACUUGGAGCAUCUGCUGUUUUAUGGGGCAGACACCACUUCUCAAAAUGCCUCAGGGAACACUGCGCUUCACAUUUCUGCCCUGUACAACAAGGAAAGCUGCGUCCGUGUUCUUCUGUACAGGGGGGCGAAUAAGGAGGCGAAGAACAAGCAUGGUCAGACCCCGUUUCAGCUAGCUGUUUUGUCUGGUCAUUUUGAACUCGGGGAAAUCAUCAAAAACCACAAAGACUCUGAUAUAGUGCCGUUUUUAGAGUCACCAAAGUUUGUUCCAAAGCGAAAAGAAAGUUCCCACACACUGCCCCUCCCUUUGCUUCAUUCCCACCCCCUACUGCGUGCUAAUAGUGAUAACACCAUGACCCAGUCUGACCCUCUGGCCCUGCCCAACAAGGCUGCGACCAAUCCCAACCCAGGACAGGGUCAUCGCAGGGCCUCAGUGGGUAUGAGAAGCUCCAGCAGCCCCAGAACUCGUACCCGUUCGCCCUCCAGAGGGAGAGGAGGCCAAAGUGACACAGAGGAGAGGCACAGGCAGCCACGAGGCAGACAGGGUGCGACCUCGGCGGGUGGCGGUGGGGGUCAGAUGAAGCGCAUGUACAGCGCAGUUCCAGGACGAGUGUACGUGGCCACUCGUGCCCACUCUGCCAGUGGAGACCGAGAGCUCUCGCUGAACAAGGGGGACAAAGUCAAAGUGUUAAGUGUAGGAGAGGGUGGAUACUGGGAGGGAACAGUGAAAGGACGCACUGGCUGGUUUCCUUCGGACUGUGUGCAAGAGGUACCAGCUCCCAGCAAAGACAAUCGACCAGAGACGCGCAGCGAGAAAGCCAAGAGGAAGCUCUUCCGUAACGUCACCGUUGGAGCCUACGAUGGCACUGAUGGCCCCAGUGACUACAUCAUUAAGGAAAAGACUGUGCUCCUACAGAAGAAAGACAAUGAGGGCUUUGGGUUUGUACUCAGGGGAGCCAAAGCUCAGACUCCCAUAGAGGAGUUCACUCCAACGCCAGCAUUCCCCGCGCUGCAGUACCUGGAGUCUGUUGAUGAGGGGGGCGUGGCGUGGAGAGCGGGCCUGAGGAUGGGGGACUUCCUCAUCGAGGUGAACGGUCAGAAUGUGGUGAAGGUUGGUCAUCGGCAGGUUGUCAACAUGAUCCGGCAGGGCGGCAACAGUCUCAUGGUGAAAGUUGUCAUGGUUGCUCGAAACCCUGAGCUGGAAGACACGGCUCGAAAGCGAGCCCCACAGCAGACAAAAAGACUGACUCCUCCUGCCAUUGCCCUGCGCUCCAAGUCAAUGACAUCAGAGCUGGAAGAUAUGGUGGACAAAGCUGCCUCUCCGUGGAAAAAGAAAGCAGAGUACGAGUCCUCUCAGGGUCCUGAUAAGAAGAGGACCGUCUAUCAGAUGGCUUUAAAUAAACUGGAUGAAAUCUUGGCUGCCGCUCAACACACCAUGACAUCAGACAACCAGGGCCAGAGAGGUCAUGGAGGCAAGAGGGACCGAAGCAAGAGUAUUGUUCCCAAUGUGUCCAAGGAGCAACCAUAUGAUCAGCAGUCAUCACUGGCAAUGGUACAAGCUGGACCUGGUUUUGACUACAACCAAGCUCAUUUUCAACCAGGCCACGGUCCCCAGCAUGCAGUCAUGAUGCGUCAAAAAUCUAUUGGUGUAACAGAGGAGGAAAGGCAGUACCUUCACCCACCUGCUAUGAAGUUAGCUCGCAGCCUGUCUGUGCCUGGACCAGAAGAAAUCCCCCCACCACCAAACACAUCUGCUCCAGAGCCACCUUUGUCUGCAGGCCCUCAUCCGGGUAGAGGACCUGCCAUGCCAAUCCCUCCUGUAUCUCAACCUCACUACCAGCUCCACUCUCAGCCAGGGCAUCCUUCCCAAGCUGGCUGGGAAAGGGCAGGACCAGGUGUAAUGAACCAGCAGGUCAUGGUUCCCACUCUUCGGAGGCAGUCAGAAGGACUGUGCAUCAGAGAGCCAGAGGCGCCCAGGAGAGGUGGUGGCAAGAUGGGAGGAUUAAGGAGAGGCUACAGCAGUGCUACACCCCCAACAAGUGCUAAGCCUAAGGCCCAACAACAAGCACCCCAGCAUCAACCACCUGUGUCCAACCGGGAUCAGAGUGGAGGAGUUGGCAGAGGGGUGGCAAAGAGGGGAGGUCGGGGAGCUUUGAUGAAACAGUCAAAAGUGGAAGAUGGUCUGAGACAGCAUCGAGGAAAAGGAGGUGCAACCAAAGAGAAGAGCUCUAUCCCCAUUCCCACCAUCAUUGUCAAAGCGCCCUCCACCAGUAGCAGUGGUCGAAGCAGCCAGGGUAGCAGCAUGGAGGCUGAGCCCUCCCAAGAUGUGGAAGACCAAACCUCUGGAGAGGCAACCCCAGACAGCCCUAAUACUAGCCUGCCCUCACCACUCACCUCUGUGCCACCUCAACCUCCAACAUCGACUUCUUUGCCUUCAUCAACUGUUGCCCCUUUGGUUUCCUCACAGCAAAACCUAGAAAACUUGGAUUAUAGUUCAGCAUUUGGUACAACAUUUGCGGGUGGAGGAGCACGCAGGGAAAGGGAACGCUUUCGAGAUAUGAGGAGAAAGAGUGCUUCUUUCUUCCUCUCAUCAGAGGAGGACAUCCAAGUGGAAGCAGGAUGUGGAGCUGGAGAGGGAGGAGGAAUACAAGGGGUACGAAUUCAGCCUUUACAGGGCUCACAAAUGGAAGUGCCCACCCCUCGGCUUCGGCCUUCCAAGUCUAUAGAUGAAGGCAUGUUUUCUGGAGACAACUACGUCAGCUAUUCCAGCAGCAUGCCCCCAGCUUUUGGCCUGCCUGAGUAUUCUUCCCCUGUCCUCAAUCAGGACGGCCAGCCUAAGUCAGCUCCCUCAAUGUAUGGAACCCAGCCUGCCACUACCUUCAUUCACCCACUUACUGGGAAGGUUCUGGACCCCUCAUCCCCUCUGGGAUUGGCCCUGGCUGCAAGAGAGCGGGCUCUAAAAGAUGAUCGCAGGACACGACGAGAGGACAGACAUUUUGGCCGGCAACUUUCCACAGUAGGAGCCUUCCCCACCCCUGUUCAGACUCCAACGCCUUCUCUUUUUGCAACGCCAACGCAGUCGGCCUACACUUCUCCAGUAUCUCUCCACCUAAGUUCCCCAACCACUACCACCUCUCCUGCAUCUCUGAGCCGGCCACAAUCACCAAGGAUAUUACGUUUGGGGGGGGCAGGUGGGGAGCGUGUGGAAAGAGAAAAGGAGGGAGGACCCAGGGAAGGUCUUAGAGUUCGCUUCUCUGAAGACAGAAACAGCCAAUAUUCAACCCAGUACUACCCACAAAGUCCCAGGGAGCGAGAAAAGGAGAUGUAUGACAGCAGGCCUGCUCCACCCAUACAGCCUCCUCCCCCACCAACUCAACCUGCCCCCCGCAGACCUUCCUUCCUUCAGAUGGAAAGCACUCCCAACACCAGCUACAUUCCUCAGUAUACUGUCCCCACAGCCCCUUCACAAGCACACGAAGCAAUGGAAGAAGCUAGGGUGGGAGCAGGUGGAAAUUUAGGACUCAUGGUUUUGCCUCCACCAGCUCCAUCAAUAGACGUAGACGAUGAGUUUGUCUUCGCAGAUCCCUUGCCCCCUCCUUUGCAGUUUGCUAAUGGUAAGAAUGAGAGGGUCCGGGAAUUUUCACAACAUCGUCAACACCAGGGUCAGCAUUCUGUUUCUGCUGCUCCACCCGCCCCACCUCCUCCCCCAUCCCCCAAGACCUCAAAUCCUCCCCAACCCACUUCACAGGGUGGCGACUCCGCUACCUCCAGCCUUACUUCCUAUGACAGUGAAGUGGCCAACCUCACGCAGUCAGCUCUCUCUCCAUCUUAUCCAUCCCCACAGAUCUUUCCCUCUGCCUCCACCUCCAUUACCACCACCACCACCACCUCUGCUGCUUCUCUGCCUCCUACAUCGCUGCACAGACCCCAGCCCAUGUCCCAUUCCCACACCUAUUACAGCAGCUCUAACGACCCCUCAAUAGGUAUUCAUACCCCAGCACAGGACAGAGGCACUGCCACCCUCACCACUACCAUGACCUAUGCUACCACGACCAUGACUGCAACUGCUGCUGCCACCACCACCACAACUUCUCCAGCAUCCUCUGACUACAGUAUGACUAUGGCUGGGCCCAAGGCUGGCUUCACCACAGGGGGAAAAGCAUCUGACCACACUCAUCAGACUACUAUUAUACACAAGAGCGGAGACUGGCAAGAAGCUGUGGUGGAUUCUGGAAUUGAAGAGCUGGACAGUCACAGUAGCAGUGACCACCAUUUAGAAAUGCUGGGACUCUGUGGGCUAAGAGGAGAGAGAGGAGGGGUUGGAGGAGAUGGGCGAGGAGGAGAGGGAGAGAAAAUCAGUGAACAUCAGGAUCCUUGCACAACCUACUCAGGUGGGCAAACAUUUGAGGUGCACAGCGCCAAAUUGGCAAAUCCCGUGUUUCCGAAGAUGACUCAUUACAAGGAGGGUGGAGGGAGGGGCCCAUCUGUAGCACUACGUAGACAGAACAGCACCAAUCCCGCUCCUUUGCAGUUACACAGACAAAACAACCCAGAAGACACCGGUAUAGAUGGAGGAUUUUCAGAUGAAAGGAAGCACAAGCAGAGUCGAUCCAAGAUGGAAGACGGCUUCAGCUCUGCCCUGGCUGCCUGCUUAGAGAGGCCCAUGGACACUCGAUCAGUGGGCUGGAGUGACCUUGGAGAACACGAGCAAGCUGGAGUCCAGAGAGGCGUUUUGGUUUUGGAUGGCCGCAGAAUUCACUCACCUCUCUCAGGUGUGAAAGCCAGCAUCAUCAAUGAACUAAGCUCCAAGCUACAGCAGAUGAGCAGCAUGAAGAGCAUGGAUGAGUGGAGCCACACUCCAAAGUCUCCCACCAUGCAUAGGUAUUCAGCGGAUUACAGUGAUGCUUUUCAUAGCCCUCCCACUGGACGCUCGACCUCACCGCUGCCCACUUCCUCCCCACAGCAUCGUCAGACCCUGACCCCAAACCUCUCGGCAACACCUUCUGUCUCGCCCUCCCCUCAAGUCCCAGUUCAGCGCAACUGGACCCGAUCCCCUUCUCCACAAAUGCCCUCGUCCCCAGUUCAUUCACAUCCUCCCCAUUCUCCAACCUACUGCCCAUACCCAACAUCACCUAAGCACAGGUCCAAGAUGCGUAGACAGACUUUUGAUUUUCCAUGCAGUCCUACUAAAGAGAUGCGGUCUUCAGUUGCUCGACGUCGGGCUCCCAGUCCUCUUAUCUAUAACACUGAACAGCAAAGCCCCACCCCUCCCAGACCCUCCUCUCUCCCAAUCCUUCCAAGCACACCCGUCUACAGCAACCCAUUUGAGUUUCCCGGGCCCCUUACUCCUCCUUCUCCUGGCAUCCCUCUAGGAGAUGCCUACAAAGCUUCAACUCCUCCACUGUUUUCUCCAUCUGGUGUGCCAAGUCCAAAUCCCUUGCUUGUCUCCCGUUCACUCUCCCCCACUCAUUUUCUCUCUGGAGCCUCUUCCCCCAUGCAUUUACCACCUAGCCCUUCCUGUCUCAACUAUCCGCAUCUCAAUCCUCCUCCUCCAACUAAACCAUUUGCCAUCAAACCCCUACCCUACUGGACCAAGUAUGACGUGGCCGACUGGCUGGCUUAUCUGAAUCUGGGUGAACACAGAGAGCGUUUUAUAGACAAUGAGAUAGAUGGAUCACAUCUGCCUUCACUCACCAAGGAUGACUUCUUGGAUCUAGGAGUGACACGUGUGGGGCAUCGAAUGAACAUCGAGAGGGCACUGAAGAAACUCACUGACAGGCGGCUCUCUUCUCCUUUGCAUGUCAGUACUCCUCCCCGAGACACAGACUGAGAGAAUGAAGGUGUGAUUCAAAGAUGAAAAAGAGGGAAAGAAAUGAAAUGACAAAGAUCAUCAGUAACAGAAGAUUUGCAAGAGAAGAACAGUGGACAACAACAGCUUGCGUUGAACUUGUUCGAAUCCAUGGAUAUGUGGAGAAACAUGUUGUCUUGCACAUUUGUUUUAGAGAACUGGAUGGAAAUUUGUAGAACUAUUGGUCAAAAGAGGUGAUGAAGAAAAUAAGAAUUUCUACAGAUAAUGCUUUUCAUCUGAAAAUAUACUUUAAAACUUUUGAUGGACAGGCAUUUAAUUAACACACCGUUUUGUGCUGUAAAAGAAUAAACACACAUACGUACUUGCACUCAUAUUCUCACACACACUGACAGAUGGAUUCUCACACCAUCUGCUGCUUUGCAGCAAUGAGAAAACUUGAGUCUGAGUUCAAAGAAAAAGUUGCAAAGUUGCUGCUUAAAGGGUGAAGCCCAAUUAAAUGUUACUGAUUAUGUCUGAGCCAGAAACUCUUGUAAAAGCAGAGGGCCAUAUCCUAACAUCAGUUUUGUAGCUUUAAGCAGAUCAGAGUAUCGAUGGCUGCGAGUACUGGAGCCAAAGUCAGAAUGUGGGAGAAAGGCUUUUUUUUGUAAAUGAUGAUAGAAGAAAAGCUAAACAACCACAGUACUGUUUUAUAUAUUUGCCAUUUUCCCCCCAAAGGUUGCCCCAGUAUGCUUUGUAUGUAUGUACUUUGCAAGCGCUAAAUAUAUCUUCCAUGUUAAACUGAAUUCACUAUUAGUAGAAACCAUUUGUUUUGUACUAAGUGCUGAUUGCAAUCAUUCAUUUCAAACUGGUCAGGGUAUUUCUAAACGUUGGAAUCAAAGUUGUGAAAAACGAGGACAGAAAUUUGAAAAACUGUUGUUGUUAAAUUAAUCUUUUUAUUGUUGUCUUGAUUAUUCUGCAGAAAGGAAAUGGCAUAUUAGAAAUGAAAUGUUUAGCAUGUCAUUUCAAACCAUUUUUCUUAGACUUUCUUGGUGUUUACUGGCCAUAGCACAGGUCAAAGGGUGGCUCCAUCCUCUACCAUGCCAUAAUGUUGAACGCCCUCUCUCUCACACAGCAGGUGCAGUGAUCAAAAAGGGCUUUUUACUGCUUUUGUCUGCCUGACUUCCUCAACCUUAAGCCUCUGUGAGUCUGUGUGUGUCUGAUUUUGUGCGUGUGUGUCCAUCUGCCUGCGUUGGUAGUCAAAUGCUUUGCCCCCUGAGCCCCUUUCUUUCUCUAAUGCCUUUUUCAAAAUGUAUUUAUAAUGCUCAGACAGCAUUGUUUAUCUUUUCUCACCAGAUGACAAUCCAAAUGUUUCACUGUUCCACACACAUUACCCCUCAGAAAGAAAAGCUCUGACUCACUUUUAAAAGGGAUUUUUCUGCGAUAAACUUAAAAUACUAUGAGUGUUGCAUAGAGGUGAACAUGAACAUCCUGGAUUUUGUUUUUAACGUGCCAGUUUAGCCAUUUGCAGUAAAAUCAACUGUAAGGCAAAAACACAUCAUUUAUAGCUCUGUAUGUAAUGAUGAUGAUGGCAACGACAAAGAUAACAUAUAAAAAUAUAGUAUAAUGAAGAUUAUAAUAUUAAGUAUGUAAACAUUUUAAGAAUCUCCGUCUUCCAAAUAGUGUGGGCAAAAUUCUUUGAAGCUUUGUUUUGUUUAUGGUUCAUUUUGGGUUUUCUGUAAAUGCUUUCUAUACUGCUCGCCCUGUGGUGACCCCUGUGAAGCUGACACGUUAGUAUACUGCAUAUUUUCUACAUGUGAGUUUAAAAUUACGGCUCUGUAUUCUUAUGACGAGUUGCUAUCACAUUAUGGUCGAAAAGGAGAAAGGAUUGAGCAGUAGUGUAGAAAGCAUUACAUACUAUGAUUUAAAAGAGCAUUUUAGGUCUAGUGAAAUGCAUAACGACUAUGACUACAUACAGUUUGAGCAUAAGUAUGCAGAGAUAAAAGGUAUAUAUAAAUAUAUAAAUAUAUAUAUAUAAUUUUUGUUUUAAAUAAAAUACAGUAUACUGGUAAACAACAUGAUAGAGGUACAACUAAGGUGUUGAAAUAAAUGCUAAAAUAAACUAUUGCCCUGUUGUGAUUCUCA